AUGGCAGACAUGCAGUCCCUCCUCUCUGCCCUCGACGUCUUCAGUCGCGCACCGGAUAAGGCAGCCUUGGAGAACGCAAAUGCAUGGCUCCAAGAUUUCCAACAUUCACCCGACGCAUGGUCAACGUGCAACGUCCUCUUGCUUUCUCCAGACGCUCCCCUUGCAGCAAAGAUAUUCGCUGCACAGACCUUCAGGGCCAAAGUCACAUUCGAUCUACAUCAAGUAGACGAAACAAACCUCCCAACUCUUCGCGAUACCCUGUUGACGGCUCUUGAGAAAUACCAAGCAGGCCCCAAGAGCAUCAUUACUCAGAUCUGCCUCGCACUAUCAGGUCUUGCUCUCCAGCUUCCAGCAUGGUCGAGUCCCGUGCAGGACCUCAUCGAGAGGUUCGGUCGAAACCCUGCCACAGUGUCUGCCCUCCUACAAUUUCUCACUGUCAUGCCUGAAGAGAUCUGCACCAACACAAGGAUUCCGGUUACAGACGAUGAAUACCGCGAACGCAGCACUGCCCUACUCUCAGGCAACUCGCCGCAGAUUCUGGAGCUCAUGACAAUGUAUCUUCAAGCACCUGGUGUAACAUCAGAAGUUCAGAGCCAGGUCUUCAUUUGUCUCCGCAGCUGGUUGAUCGCGGGUGAAGUCGACCUGACAGCAUUGGUUAAGACUUCACUGUUCCAAUUUGCAUUUGAUGCACUAGCUUCUGACGUGUUGUUCGACGCCGCAGUCGACGUUAUCUGCGAGAUCAUCCACGAAACCCAGGAAAUUGACGACAACAUGCCCGUAAUUGAACUGCUCGUCCCUCGUGUCAUCGCUUUGAGGCCGUUGAUUCAUAGCCAUCAUGAGGAUCCAGAAAAGAUCCGCGGCCUUGCUCGCGUCUUUGCUGAAGCAGGCGAGACGUACCGGGUACUCAUCCUCCGCCACACGGAGACAUUCUAUCCCAUUGUCGAGGCUAUCGGCCAGUGCUCUGCGUAUCCCGACUUGGAUAUUGUGCCAAUCACGUUCCCCUUCUGGAUGAGACUCGCUCAGACCAUGGGCAAGAGGUCGUCUGUCCCCCCAAUGCUCCUGGAAGCCUACCAGGCCCUUAUGGGUGUCAUCAUUCGUCAUCUUCACUUUCCACAAGAUUCCUCAACUCUGACACCGCAGGAAAAUGAUAAUUUCCGGAACUUUAGGCACGUAAUGGGGGAUACUUUGAAAGACUGUUGCCUAGUAUUGGGCAGCGAGGCCUGCCUGCUUUCUACGUACGGGCUGGUAACUGUUGCCCUUACAAAAAGUCCCCAAGGGACAUCCUGGCAAGAGGUCGAAGCGCCACUAUUUGCGAUGAGGUCGAUGGGCGCAGAGGUCAACGUAAAAGACAUCAAUGCCGUUCCAAAGAUCCUGGAUCUGUUGCCUUCUCUACCACCACACCCCAGGAUUCAGUAUGCGGCACUCCUUUUAAUUGGCCGAUAUUCCGAGUGGAUUAACUUCCACCCGGACUACCUUGCAAAUCAGCUGCAAUACAUUUCUGCGGGGCUGGAAGCCUCCGACGGCGAGGUCAGCGCAGCCGCUGGUCACGCGCUGAAGUAUCUAUGCCAAGAUUGCAAGCAGCAUUUGGUCCCAUAUCUGCCGACUUUGCAUACAUUUCUCACCACGGUUGGGUCCAGGCUUGACCAGGAAGAUAGGCGGCAGGUGUACGAAGCAAUUGCGUUCGUUAUCUCCGCUAUGCCGAUGGGGAAGGCCGCAGAGUCCCUCCGCACUUUCGCACUGGACAUCCUUUCCGGGAUUCACAAUGUGGCGAAUAAAACUACACCUGCUUCAAAGCAGGAACUAAAAGCAGCCGGAGAGGCCCUCGAGAACCUUGAGGUUAUGCUUCAUGUGAUUGGUUCUUUUGGCGACGAGUUACCGCCCGCCUGUCAGGGAACCUGUCAGGAGGCAUGGUCCAUCUUCGACGUGUUCAUCACGAAGUAUGCGUUUGACUACGAGAUUACGGAGAGGGUUACUCGAGUCAUUCGACAUGCGCUCUCCCUAUUUGGUGUGGCAGCCCUGCCCGUAGCUUCCCAAGUUGUUUCAAGGAUGGUGACUUCCUUCGAAGCCACCGGGCUAUCCGCGUACCUUUGGAUCGCGGCGAAGGUCGUCGCACGGUUCGGCCAUGAAGAGGAUGUGGCUCUAGCCAGCAGCUUCCAAACCCUCUAUCAGAGGACAACAAGCAAGGUCGUGUCCAUGUUGCAGACACAAGGUCCUCGAGAAAUACCGGACGUAUUGGAGGACUAUAUUCAACUCCUCCUUCAGCUGGUCGAGGUCCGUCCGGACGUAUUCUUCCAGGCACCUUUUCCGUUGGCCUUCCGUGCCACUAUGGCCGCUCUGACGAUGCUGCAAAGCGACCUGGUCGUUGCUGCACUGGACCUGUUCCGAGUGUUAGUGAGCCACGACUGUCUGGAUCCACCGACACCUGUGCCUCCCAAAUUUCCGGGGUAUGCAGCCGCGAUAAAAGCCGUCGUCGAGAAAGAAGGGCCAGAAUUUGUCGGACUGCUACUGUCGGGAUUAGUUGGCGACUUCCCGGAGGACGCAGCUUCGCAUGUGGUGUCUAUAUUUAGAGCGGUGGCCUUGCUCUUCCCUGCCCAGCUCCUAACGUGGCUGCCGUCCGUGAUGCAGCAGCUUCCUACAAACAGUGUGCCUGCGCAGGCAAGGCAGCAGUUCUUGGACGAUACGACCAAUGCCAUCAAUAGCGGGCAAAUAGAUAAAGUAAAGUAUUGUCUCUUGGGACUUCAUCGGGCUGCACGUAAGAUGCGGGACAGGCGUCGUGUGGCAGCACUGGAUGAUGAAUGAAGGAGUGUAGAUUAUUUUAGUUAUAGCGUCGAUAGAAGACUGUUUGACGGAGGUUGGCGGAUGUUAGCGGAGGUUAGACGUAUGUACGAGAGUAGCUUUGUCUGGCAGAUAGGCAAAUAGGUGUAAAUUCAUGCCGGCCGGCGCGUUGGUCACAC